AUGACGGCCAACAGCAGGUACAAGAGCCGCGCGCCCCGCUCAGGUAAGCCCCUGCAGGAAAAAGAUUACGUUGGUUUCGCGACGCUGCCCAAUCAGGUGCACAGGAAGUCGGUGAAGAAAGGGUUCGACUUCACCCUCAUGGUGGCAGGUGAGUCUGGUCUGGGUAAAUCCACCUUGGUCAACAGCCUGUUCCUCACUGAUCUGCAUAAAGACAGAAAACUGCUCAAUGCUGAAGAGCGAAUCAAUCAGACGGUCGAGAUCACGAAACACACGGUGGACAUCGAGGAGAAGGGCGUGAAGCUGAAACUCACCAUCGUGGACACGCCGGGUUUCGGAGACGCCGUCAACAACUCCGAGUGCUGGAAGCCCGUCACAGAUUACAUCGACCUGCAGUUUGAACAGUACUUCAGAGACGAGAGCGGACUCAACAGGAAGAACAUCCAGGACAACAGAGUUCACUGCUGCCUGUAUUUCAUUCCUCCGUUUGAGCACGGGCUUCGUCCGGUCGACAUAGAGUUCAUGAAGGCGCUGCAGGACAAGGUGAACGUGGUUCCUCUCAUCUCGAAGGCCGACUGCCUCACUCCCAGCGAGAUCAAGAAACUCAAAGAGCGGCUGAGGGAAGAGAUAGAUAAAUAUGGGAUAAAGAUCUACCAGUUCCCUGACUGCGACUCAGAUGAAGACGAGGAGUUCAAGCGGCAAGAUAAAGAGCUGAAGGAGAGCUCUCCGUUCGCAGUGAUCGGCAGCAACACGGUGGUCGAAGCCCGAGGUCAGAGGGUGAGGGGGCGGCUCUACCCCUGGGGCAUCGUGGAGGUGGAGAACCCGUCCCACUGCGACUUCGUGAAGCUGAGGACCAUGCUGAUAAGAACCCACAUGCACGACCUGAAGGACAUCACCAGCGACUGUCACUACGAGAACUACAGAGCGCAGUGCAUCCAGACCAUGACCAGUAAGAUGAACGCAGAUAAGCGGGUGGAGAGCCCCCUCCCCAUCCUUCCUCUGUCCACUCCGGACGUGGAGACGGAGAAACUCAUCAAAAUGAAGGACGAAGAGCUGAGGAGGAUGCAGCAGAUGCUCCAGAAGAUGCAGCAGCAGAUGCAUGAGCAGGACCUGUGACCUGUGACCUGUGACCUGUGACCUCUGACCUCUCGUGUUACACCUGUGACCUUUACACCUUUUUAUUUAGGAGACAAACUGACAGAAGAUCAAACACACAGCACCAACAUAACCCCUCACUGAAGCCAAAAAACCUUUUAGAUGAUCACAGUAAAUACUUCACCUGGUCACAAAGAAACGGUAGAUGAAAGAGAGCAUGCUGGGAAAUGUAUUUUAACUUAACUGAAAUGUUUUGGCACCUUUCAGAAGGUUUGUUUUUUUAUUGCAGUCAUCAGCCAAGGGAGUGUCGUUAGGCAAUAGAGAGUAGGUUGCACUUCAUCACCUUUAGAUUUACAACUAUGUUUUAUACUUUGAUACUAAAUGAGACUCAAGCACCAAAACCUCAGUUCAUGCAGGAGUUAAUGAACUUAUUGUGUGGAGUGGCACCCAGACUGAAAAGUGGCUGAUGGUACGUUGCUGCUGCUGCAAGUUUCACUGCAAGUUUUAAACAAAUUUACAGAAAAAUCAGCAGAAAUAAUGAAUUAAUGUGUUUCCCUCCUCUGCUGCUGCUGAAGGAGACGAGGUUAUUAUAAGAUCCAGUCAGACGAUGGAGAUCUGACAUUUCUGUUUGUUUCAUGUGUUAAUGUGAGGAAGGUUCCCUCCUCCUCCUCAUCACACCACACACAGCUGAUGCUUUUGUCCUUUCACUGGAAGAGACGAGUGAUGUUAAAGUCACAUGAUUCACGUACGUCAGCGUUUAUUCACUGAUUAUAAAUGCACGUUUACAUUUUCUCGCAUUUUGACGCACCAACUUUUCCACCUCAGCAAAGCCUAAAAACA